AUCUUGGGUCCGGGGUUACAGACGGCUUGAGCCCUGAAGAGGUCAUUUGAGGUAGAGGAGGCAGACUCCUCUUCCCACGUUUCCUCGACGCACAUCCGGCGGACACCCUCCAACAGCCAGUGCCGGAACGUCCUCUCUACAUCCAGCAGCCGGCACCAUGAGCUGGGCUCCAAUAGAACCAAGCCCUCCGACCUCUUCAGGCCCAAGGCCGGGACUCCAGAACUUGUGGGACGUCUCGUCCAGCAACAACGGCAAAGCGGCUGCCGGCUCAAACAGUGCUUGCAGUGCCCGCUUUGUCCUGAAGAAGCCAGAGAUUCUGGUCCAUGGCAAGGCACCUGAAACCCAAAAACACUCUGACGCGUUCAGCAGAACCCUGGACAGCGUCUCCCCAACUUCCCGGGCCCCCUCUACCCUCGGGUCCCACGCCAGCGCCAAACUACCCGAGACCAUGUUUAGGAAAAAUGAGCAGCCCAGUCAGGUUGACGAGUCGCGUCGGGCCGAGGUCAAAGGUCAAGAGAACUAUGAUCAUCCUGCUGUCACAACGAUGUGCGGGUCACCGAAUCCCGCCCGACAGAAGUCACCCGCCGCUGACGGACACAAAGCAGAUGUAAAGUCACCUAACAAAGUUUACCAUUCACGAAAACUGCUCCUCAGCUGUGAUAUAUACACUACCAGAAUGGCCGAUAAUGUGCUUGAACGGGUGCGAACUGAGUUAAAGGACAGUUUAACCGAUUCUGUGAUCAAACAACUGUUGGAUGAUCUUAAGGAUGAGAAGGUGUUGGGAGAUGAAGAAGUGGAGUCAAUCCUGCAACAGAACCCACUCCGGGCUGAUCGGGUUCGCUUUUUGAUCGACAGCGUUAAGAAGAAAGGCCCCAAGGCCUGCCACAUCCUGUUAGAGAAACUACAAAAACGCGACAAAAAUGUGUACGAUAAACUGCAACUAGACAAAUUACUGACCCAGAGCAGUCCCAGAGCUGUGGGCUCCAGCCAGGGCACUGCGGCUGCACGACCUGAAGCUCAACCUACAGACAAGGAUGAAUAUCCAAUGAAAAGUAAACCACGUGGUUUCUGUGUAAUCAUCAACAAUGAGCAAUUUACAAAUACUGAAAAGACCCGGUCAGGAUCCAAGAAGGAUGCAGAUGCUCUAAAGGAAGUGUUUGAAUUCUUGGGUUUUACAGUAAAGAUGCAUACAGACCUGAGUGCAGAGGAGAUGAAGGAGCUCAUGUUAAGAUACAGCAAGCAACAGCAUAAUGGAGAUUGCUUUGUCUGCUGUGUGCUUAGUCAUGGAAAUAGCAAGGGAGUUUUGGGAUGUGAUGGGAAUCUGUGUCCUACGGAGGACAUCUUCACUCCAUUUGAUGGGAAAAACUGUUCCACUCUAGUCGGCAAGCCCAAGGUGUUCUUUAUCCAGGCUUGCAGGGGAUUGAAUAAGCAGGAGAAAGUUCUGGUCUUCUCAGAUGAAGGCCACACUUCUCACACAGGAAAAUAUAGCAUCCCUAAAGCCUCUGACUUCCUGAUUGCCAGGUCCACAGUAGACGGCUAUUUAUCAUAUCGGUCUUCUAAGGGCUCGUGGUUUAUUCAGUCACUCUGUAAACAUAUACGAGAAAGCAGUGUAAGGGGCGACGACAUCCUGACAAUCCUCAGCCGUGUCAAUGAUGAGGUCAGCAGAAUCGAGGGUCGUGUGAAGGACGAAAAGACUGAAGAAUUCUGCGAUGCAAAGGCAACUCCAAUCUGCUCGUUCACCCUGAGAAAGAAGCUCAUUUUCAGAAAACCAUAGCAGACCUGAUAAACAUCUCAACAAUUGUCGUAUCAACUGUUCUGUCAAAUACAAAUAAUGAAUUCAAAUGUGACAUUUACAGUACCAGAUGCUCAGAUUCAAUUGAUUGUUUUUAUUCUUCUUAUGUUACUGUGAUAUUUUUCCAGCAAAAUAAAUUGAAUAAAUUGGGA